AUGGUUAAAAUCCUCUGUAUGUUGAUUGCCAUCCUCGACGUCUUCCAGGCUGAGGAUACUCAGCCGCACCUCCGUGCACUGAAGAAUUCUCCUUGCGCUCCGUCGGCUUGCGGAUCUGGUUGUGAUCCUAAGGUCUGCACCUGCACUGAUUGGAAAAUGGCCACAACUGUCGAGACGCCUAACACUACCCCCGCAGCCCCUGUCGUAGCAGCUGAAGUCCCUAAAAAGGAAGCUACUUGCUCUAGGGGAAGCUGGUCUGUGUUUACAUGGGAGAACCCGAUGCCCUCAGGCAUGUUGUAUACAAUGUUGAACGUUGGUAUUCUGAUAUCAACUACUGAGGACCCCUCUGGCUGGGCCGUCGCCUUCCUCAUGUGGAUUGCGAUUCCUGCUGGACUACUAUUCAAGUUCAACGUGGUUCCUGUUCCUACAUGUUGUCCCUUGAAAGCUGUCGCGGGUCUCGACCCUGAAAAACUGCUGCUAGCGUUCAUAAGCAGUGACUUCCUUCGUCACGGAGUUGUCUGA